AUGAAGAAGAAAGCCAUUGUGAUUGAUGAUGGAUAUAUUCCAAUUAUCUGUCUUGACGAAGAUGAUGAUGAUGAUCUUAUGAUUGAUAAGGACUACAACGUCUUCUUGGAUCAUCUUCGAAGAGGAAGUGUAAGCCCUCGUCUUGAAGUUGACAAUGGAGAAUCUGACAUUCGUAAAUUAAAGAUCUUUUCUUGUGAUUCGAAGAUAUCAAAGCUUGAGAAUGAGAAUCCAAUGAAGAACAGAGUUCAUCAACAGGGCCAGAGGAAAACUGUUGGGUUAAAGGCUGAAAGAGAUAAAAUCCAAGACAUCAUUCAACGAGACAACAGAGUUGCUGAACGAAGAAAGCGGAGGAUUGCGAUGUUAGAUGCUGCAAAGGCUUCAAGAGACGUUCCUUUACUCGAAACCCAACAAGAAGACAUUCAACAACGAGUUAGGAAACUUUCUGAUUCAAAGGCUGAGACUGAGACUUUAAGAAGAGAUGAUGUUCCAUUGGUUGGAAGUCAAGAAGACAGUCAACGAGACAACACAGUUCCAUUGGUUAGAACUGCAGAAGAGAUUCAACUAGCCAAGAGGGUUGUUGCGGAGAUUGAUCAUGUGGAGCGAGUAAAUAGAGUUACAGAGGUUAAUGAUGUAGAUGAGACUUGUUCAAGGAGCAAAGAAGUUUUUGUAGGGAGAAGGAAGAAGAAUGAGGGUAGUGAAGCGGUUGUGGAUAAGGAUUACAUGAGGUACCUCACAUGGCUUGUAGAUUCUCUUAGGGAUUCGACAACUGAGCCAAUGGAAAAUCUUCAGAAAGAUGAUAUGGAUACUUUAAAAGAAUCGACAAUGGUACCUGAAAUGGAUCCACUAGUCGAAGUGAAGGUUGAACCAGAUCAUGAUUGGUCUGAUUAUAUAAUUGCGAUGGGUGAUUCGCCGUUUUUGGAUGUAGAAGAGUGUACACCGUUUGUGGCGUCCAAGAAAGUAGUUGAUCUUGAUGAAGGAAGCAAAAAGAAUGAAAGUAGUAUCACUUGGUUUAGAAAGGAGCUAAUGGAUGUUCUGAAACAACCAUAUGAUGAAGAAGAGAUGAAGCAGCUCCAUCGUGACGUAUCAAUCCAUAGAAAAAUGACUCGAUGCAGAGAACUACGAAAGGGAAGAGGAUCUGUUUAUGAGACUGGCGAACUGGGACAAUCUUAUCUAGAAAGUUUCCCUGAUUUCGAAAAAGAAUACAAGCUUGUGGUUGGUGUUGAUGAUAAGGCAAGAGCUUUGAAGUUGCUGCGUGGCUUUUUCUUUUACUUGAAAUAUGUUUCUCAUGAUGGUGUUUUCAAGCCUUGGGAGAAGACUCAAAGUUGGCAACCUUAG